AUUGAUUUUGAACCAUAACCGAAAGAAAUAAAGAAAAUCUGUUUCCCAGUCAUUUCGGAAGAACCCUAAACCCCUUAAUCACACACUUCCAGACUAAUUUGUUACAUCAAAAUUAAUAGCAGAGAUUCAGGAACAGAAAUGGCGGGAUCAGAAGCAGUAGGAGGUGGUGAAGUCUCUCUCAAAGAUCAAGGCAAUGGGUUUUUCAAAGCUGGUAACUAUCUUAAAGCCGCUGCCUUAUAUACUCAAGCCAUCAAGAAGGACCCUAACAACGCCACCCUUUUUAGCAACCGUGCUGCAGCUUUUCUUAACCUUGUCAAACUCACCAAAGCACUGUCUGAUGCUGAGAUGACAAUCAGUCUUCGUCCAAACUGGGAGAAGGGUUAUUUUAGAAAAGGAUGCAUUUUGGAAGCCAUGGAGAAAUAUGAUCAGGCUUUAGAGGCAUUUCAAGUCGCAUUGCAGUAUAAUCCACAAAGUACAGAGGUGUCUAAGAAAAUCAAGAAACUUUCACAGUUGUCCAGAGAUAAGAAGGAAGCCGAAGAGAUCGAAAGGAUGAGAUCCAGUGUUGAUGUGGCAAAGCACUUGGGCACAGUGAAAUCUGAAAUGGCUGAGAAGUAUGGAGGUGAAGAAAUUGGCGGAGUAUUGUUCUCAUUUCUUGUUGAAACUAUGGAAAAUGCUGUCAAAACAUGGCAUGAAACCUCAAAAGUGGAUCCACAAGUCUUCUUCCUUCUUGAUAAUGAAAAGACAGAUACAGAGAAAUAUGCCCCUGCUGUGAACAUAGAUAAGGCAUUUGAAUCACCCCAUACACACAGCAAUUGCUUUUCAUUUCUUAGGCAAUAUGCAGUGGAUUCAUUCUCCAAAGCUGCUUGCUUAAUCACCCCCAAAAGCAUCAUAUCUUACCCUCAGGUUUGGAAAGGUCAAGGAUAUAGGAAAUGGAAACAUGGGCAGAAUGAUGGAUUCUUUGUACAAUUUGAGUCUCCCUUUCUACGACAUCUAUGGUUCAUCCCUUGUAACAAUGAGAAAGGAAAGGCCUUGUGCAGGGAUCCUGAGGCUUUGGACAUUGGCGCCCAUGAACUGCUUCCACGUCUAUUUAAAGAGUAGUAGCCGAGCAACCCUUAACAGUUUGACGUGGGUAUUUUCAUGAUCUGGAUUCAGAUGAGACUGCAAAUCUGGUUGAGUGUCGUAAUUCCAUGUUGAGUGUUUGUUCCGUGUUGCGGUCUUGCCAUUUGUGGACGAUCUUGGUGGAUUGCAAUGGAGAAGAGCAUCACUUUUGAGUCAUUGCUCAACAAUUAAUAUUAUGUUUGGUUGAUCUUCCGUCUCAUGGUUCAUACUUUCUGCUGAUGAUUUGGUGUUUGGGUGAAGGGGUAACGAUCUGAUAUUUAGGUUUGUCCAUUCAAUUUAGUCAGCAGGGUGCAUUGUAUAUGAACUCAAAAUGACGUAAGAUACUUUUACGUGCAUAUCUGAGACGAUACUGCAUUGAUGGUGAUCAGUUUUUGAGGCUUUGUUUAUGCAAGCUGAGGCAGUAGUUUUAAGAGCUGAUAUAUUUCUUUCUACUUGCAUUCUUAUUGUUGUGAUUUUGUUGUCAAAUUCCUGUAUAUUUUUUACCAAAUAUAUUUGUACCCGUGCAUUGCAUUAAGUCCUUAUGUUUGGUCUUAAUGUCUUAUGUGACCA